GCGCGGCGGGCGGGCGGGCGGGCUGCGGCGGGGCCAUGGCGCUGCGUGCGCGGGCGCUGUACGACUUCAGGUCGGAGAACCCGGGGGAGAUCUCGCUGCGGGAGCACGAGGUGCUGAGCCUCUGCAGCGAGCAGGACAUCGAGGGCUGGCUGGAGGGCGUCAACAGCCGCGGCGACCGCGGCCUCUUCCCGGCCUCCUACGUGCAGGUGAUCCGCGCCCCCGCCGCCGAGCCGCCGCCGCCCGCCCGCUACGCCAACGUCCCCGCCGGCGGCUUCGAGCCGCUCCCGCCGCCCGCCGCCUUCAAGCCGGCGGCGCAGCAGCCCCCGGCGCCGGCGGCCCCCGAGCCGGCGGCGCCGCCCGCCGCCGGGUUCCCCUUCCCGCAGACGCCCUACGGCGGCUCCUACCAGCCCAGCCAGGGCAGCGAUGACGACUGGGACGACGACUGGGACGACAGCUCCACCGUGGCCGACGAGCCCGGCGCCCUCGGCAGCUCCUACCCCGACUACGAGGCGGCGGGCGGCGGCGCCUCGGGCCGCUACCGCCUGUCGACGCGGUCCGAGCUGUCGCUGGGGUCCCGCGGCGGCGGCCACCCGCCCGGACACCCGCACCCGCCCGGCGGCAGCGGCGGCGCCAAGAGCUCGGCCACCGUGAGCCGCAACCUCAACCGCUUCUCCACCUUCGUCAAGUCCGGCGGCGAGGCGUUCGUGCUGGGCGAGGCGUCGGGCUUCGUGAAGGACGGCGACAAGCUGUGCGUGGUGCUGGGCCCGCGGGGCCCCGAGUGGCAGGAGAACCCCUACCCCUUCCAGUGCUCAAUUGAGGACCCCACCAAGCAGACCAAGUUCAAGGGUAUGAAGAGCUACAUUGCCUACAAGCUGGUGCCCAGCCACACGGGGCAGCAGGUGCACCGCCGCUACAAGCACUUCGACUGGCUUUACGGGCGCCUAGCCGAGAAGUUCCCUGUCAUUUCUGUGCCCCACUUGCCUGAGAAGCAGGCCACCGGCCGCUUCGAGGAGGACUUCAUCUCCAAGCGCCGCAAAGGCCUGGCCUGGUGGAUGGACCACAUGUGCAGCCACCCUGUACUGGCCCAGUGUGAUGCCUUCCAGCACUUCCUCACCUGUCCCAGUACAGAUGAGAAGGCCUGGAAACAAGGCAAGCGCAAGGCUGAGAAAGACGAGAUGGUGGGUGCCAACUUUUUCCUGACUAUCAGUGUCCCUGCUGGCCCUGGGGCUGGCCUGGACUUGCAGGAGGUGGAAAGCCAAGUGGAUGGCUUCAAAGCCUUCACGAAGAAGAUGGAUGAGAGUGCCCUGCAGCUCAAUCACACAGCCAACGAAUUUGCCCGCAAACAAGUCACUGGUUUCAAGAAGGAGUACCAGAAGGUAGGGCACUCCUUUAAGUGCCUCAGUCAGGCCUUUGAGCUGGACCAGCAGGCCUUUUCGACAGGCCUCAACCAAGCCAUAGCCUUCACUGGGGAAGCGUACGAUGCCAUUGGGGACCUCUUUGCAGAUCAGCCCCGACAGGAUCUAGAUCCUGUGAUGGACUUGUUAGCGCUGUAUCAGGGGCAUUUGGCCAACUUCCCAGACAUCAUCCACGUCCAGAAAGGAGCCCUUACCAAAGUAAAGGAGAGUAAGCGGCAUGUGGAAGAAGGCAAGAUGGAGCUCCAAAAAGCUGAGGGCAUUCAAGAACGCUGUAACAUUAUUUCUUUUGCAACCCUAGCAGAAAUUAAUCAUUUCCACAAAAUUCGUGUGAGGGACUUUAAAUCACAGAUGCAACAUUUCUUGCAACAGCAAAUACUUUUUUUUCAAAAAGUGACACAAAAGUUAGAAGAAGCUCUUCACAAGUAUGACAGUGUUUAAUCUCUGAACUUUGAUUUGUGAACUUUGCUCAGUAUGAAAAGGAUUUAAGCAGCAGAGCAAACGUUGCUGCUGUUAAAGAAAUAUUGCCAGUGGUAGAUGGUGGUACAAGGAUGGUUUUGUGUUCACCUGGAAUUCCAGUUUAAUCUGAUUAUGUAGAAAGGAACAGUUAUAUGGCUAUGUAGUAGCAAUUGUAACUAAGUUAUACCGUGUAUGCCGGCACUACCAUUGUAACUUUUUCGAAAUAAUGAGUAUACUAUUUGCCUUAUUGCUUUUUGAAGUAUGGUAUUUUAGUGCAUACUUUGUAGACCUCAAAACCCUUUGGGUCUUUACAGAAGCUGGCUAGAGAAAAGCCUUCUUCAGAUGCCUUUUUACUCUCCUAGAUUUGGAUUUCCUAAAUUCAAACAAUUCUCUGUUUACAGAUUCCUACUAGAGCAGCUAUGUGAUUCUGUGCCUUUAGACUCUAUUUUUCCUUGUUUAGUAAGUCACAUUUUUAUAAUUGAAUGAAUGAAGGGUUGAUGCCUAUGACAGGAACCGAUUAUGAAACCUCAUACUGACUGGAAAAAAAUGAGCUGCCAUCUAGUUCAAGUUCUGUCUUUCAACAAACAUUGUCUCAAAAAGGAAAAUUUAAAAUCAGUUAGCACUUUCCCUGAAAAUGGAGUACAUUUUACAUGUACUAGGAUGUUAAGCACAUACACAAAAAUACAACACCACUAAAUCCCCUUUCCUGAAAGAAUAUUAUAUUGAGAGGUUUUCUGAUACAAAACGUUAGUGUGAGUGAAACCUGGAAGAGCCAGGCUAACAGAAGAUGGUGUUUAUCAAGGGGGUAUGAAUGCAAGCUAAGUGGUUAAAACAUAUUUUUAAGUUUGAAAUGAUCUGCUAAUUGUUCAGUUGCUGAUUCAGCUUAAUUUCAGACUUGCAUCUUCAUUGCCAGUUGACUGAAUUGAGACUCCACUGUGAUUCAUUAGUUUACUAAGUUACAGAUUUUCAGGGUUGUUAACAUAAAUGAUUUGAAAUCAGUCUUGACUGAACUGACUUGGAAAACAAGUUUCUAUGUUCAUAACACUCAAGAAUUAACAAUUGUCUUAAUUUUUGUAUAAAUAUUUUGACAAGCAGGGUGCAUUUAUAUAUACUUAAACACUAUCUUUUUAAAGAGUUCUCUGACUUAUUUCCCUAGAAUUUAAGUCUGAAGUUUGUGUUCAACCUAUUGGUUUCCUUCUUAUAGGUCAGUAUGACAGAGAGUUUUUAUUUAUCCUAUCUUUUUUUCUUUUAAACAAAAAUAACAAAACCUUCCAAGGAAGCAAAAUGUUUACUUUUUUGUUUUUAAUUAAAUUAAUCACAGGUAGCUUACACAAACAAAAGCCUGGAAAAUGAAGUUAAGUGAUAGUUACAUUUACGUCUGAAUCAUUCCUCACCUGUAUUGCAGAAAUGCACAGCUCUGCCAUUAGAUCCUGUCAGUUUCUCCAGCUUAACUCCACAACCACUGUUCUAAAGGAAUACCUUUAAGAAUGUAGUUUUGUUUUUAAGAUUCAUGCCAAAAUGCUUUGAGAUUGCUAUUUUGAGCAGUUUGCAUACAGCAGUGCUAAUGUGUACCCAAAGGAAAAAUACAAAAUGAUGAAGUGGAAAAAACAGUAUUUGUAGAAGGAAGGACAGUCGUUGAAGAAGGAACCAUUUGCAAGCUACUAAAAGAAUGUUACAAAAAAACAACAUGGAGGAAAUAAAAUAUGGACCAUGGUCCUAGGGCUGUCUCGCUCUUUAUUUUCCUCAUGAUGUCACAUUCUACAUUCAAAGCUCGGGGCUUCCAAUAAUAGUUCUUCCCCUGUAGUACUCCAACUUCCCAUACAUAGUUUAGUUAUUUGAGAUAGUGAUGAGCUGAGCUAAGUUCCAUGGCUUGUGUUUGCUUAAGCCAAGUAUUAAAUAUCUUCGCAGUAAUUAGGUCAGACUAUAAUCAAAUUUUUCUACAUGGAGGUGUUAAGACCUGUUCAGAAAUUCAUCUUGGUCCAGUUGAAGUAUUUUAGGAGGUUAGUAUUAAUAAAAUGUACAUGUCUGGGGAAAAUGAAACUGUGAUAUGUAUACAUACAACAUUAUCAGACAAGUACAGUUUUCCCAAAUAAACUGUCAUGGCCUUCA